UUAGACGAAAAUGGGGCGAGGGAAGAAGAAGGCGGUGGGAAGCUCUGAGACUGAAGCAAUGGCGCUUCCAGUCCCUGGUUUCACAGAUUCAACUCUUGUUAAUGGAGAUUCAGCUCCUUCCAACUCUAACAACAAUGGAAAUGAACUUAUAAUUUCAUCUCGAUUUCCAGCUUUUUCGAUUCAGAACAGUUCUGUCCAAACUCCACUACUCGCCGGUGAAGGCGGAGAAGUCAACGGAGAAGAGAAUGCUGUCGCUGAUGUUACUGCUUCUGAGCUAACAAAGCUUGACGAUGGCUUCUUCGUAGUUGAAGCUAUUCGAAGGAAACGAGUUCGUAAGGGACAGCUUCAGUAUCUUGUCAAAUGGCAUGGCUGGCCAGAAACUGCCAACACAUGGGAACCCUGGGACAAUCUCCAAUCAUGCGCUGAAUUUAUUGAGGAGUUUGAGAAAAGGAUGGAAAUCUCACGAUCAGGAAAGCAGCGGAAGCGCAAGCGCAAGGAUGGAGACGGUAAUAAUCAACUUCAGGAGGAAAAACAGUACCGCGUCAUAGCUACUGAUAAUGUCACAAAUGUUUACAUGAGUACUGUGGACGAUUGUCUAUCGGCCACUCCUUUAAACAGCAUAAUUCAUUAUGAUCUUCCUACUCCUCAAGUACUUAUAGACUCUACUGCAACAUUCAAUGUUGAAAAUGGCGAUAUGGGUGAGAAAUUUGAUGGAAGUAGAACGAGAGACGAAUAUGAUUUGAAACUUAUUGAGCUCAAGGCAGCAAUAUCUGCCAAUAUGGUUGAUUCUGAUAAUAAAGCAGAGUCUUCUAAAGAUCUUGGCCUUGUUUAUGAUGAUUCCAAGGCUGAUUGCGCGGUGGGUUCCACUCAGGGAAGUCAUUCCAUUGGAGCCAAGAGAAGGAAAUCUAGUAGGGUGAAAAGGUUCACUAAGGAAGCAGUCUCGUCUGAAAACUCUGAACAAAGAUUAAAACAAAAUGGAAUUGCUGUAAACAUGGAGCCAACUGAUCAAAAUGAACAAUUGGGGCCCGAGAAUCCUAGUUUGUCAGGCCACUCCAGAAAUGUAGCUACUAUAAGAAGGAUUAUCAAGCCUGUUGGUUAUUCAGUUUCGGUAUCAAAUAACAUCCCGGAUGUAGUCGUGACCUUCUUGGCUGUGAGGUCUGAUGGAAAAGAAGUAACGGUGAAUAACAAAUUUCUAAAGGCUAACAAUCCACUUCUGUUGAUUAACUUCUAUGAGCAACAUCUCCGAUAUAAUCCAACAUUAUGAAAGAGCUACAAGUGUAUCUGGCCACCAUCAUGUUUAUGGUUUACAAGCUGUAAUUUUGUAGCUUUAGGAAAUUCGGUGGAGUAUAAUAUGAAUUCUUGGUAAAAUUCUCAAGAACUGUGUUAAGAGGAGAUCAAACAUUUUCUUGCUCUGUUUUAUUUCUACAUGAGGAUAAAUGGAAAGUUAUAUUCUUUUUGGAUAUCCAAUCUAACA